UUAGUAUAUAUUUAUAUAAAAUUAAAAUCAAAAUGAAAAGAAUGAUCCUCUGAGAAUUUGUGGAAAAAUCAAAAUUAAAAAAGUAAAAAUAAGGAGGAAAACUUAGCUGAGAAUAAGCGAAAUCUAGUUAUCUUUGGUCUCAGAGAACAGAUUGCCUAAAACGACUUCUUCUUAGCUUCGUUUGCUUCCGUUUUCUUCCCUACAUUCAGGAUUUGCACUAAUAGAUCUUAGACUUCAGGAAUUUUAGUGUGGGAGAUAUCUUGGUAGCCACGAUUCAUUAUUUUGUCUUGGGGGAUUCUGAAUAGAGUUUUUCUUCUUUUGUAUAUUGUUUUUGUAUUUCUCAAGGAUAAGGAUGAGAGAAGAUUUCUCUGGUUUCUAAAGCUAUAGGUUUGGGCUGAAGAAAGGUGUGAUGGAGAUAUCAUUGUUAAAAGCGCUUCUUAAUAAUAUCUCUUCAUUUUUUCAUUUAUCAUCUCGUGAUAACAUACACUCAGAACCAAUUCUGAAGUAUCACCAAAGGGCAGAAGAGAUAUUAAAGUUGCUGAAGACAAUACUUGAUGCAAUUAUCGACUCUGAAGUAACUUCUAAUGAAAUACUUAAAAAGUCAUUCGAAGACCUGAAUUGCUUGGUUGAUGAUUUGAGGGAACAGUUUGAGAACUGGCAAUCAUUGUCAAGUAAAGUUUAUUUUGUACUACAAAUUGAAUCAAUAAUAUUAAAGAUUCGCACGUCUAGCUUGGACAUCUUCCAGCUGCUGAAGUCUUCUCAUCAAGGUCUCCCUGAUGAAUUGGAUUCAAUGUCUCUUGAGCACUGCAUACAGAAAAUUAAGCAUAUAGGAAAUGAACAAAUGUCAAAAGUUUUUAAAGAAGCUAUAAAGGAUCAAGUGGAGAAUGGCGGACCCAGCUCAGAGAUCCUAGUUAAGAUCGCUGAGAGCCUUAGCUUGAGGUCAAACCAAGAUAUUCUUAUAGAGGCUGUAGCACUUGAAAAGUUGAAGGAGAAUGCUGAGCAAUCUGAAAAGACUGAUGAAGUCGAGUUUAUUGAUCAGAUGAUUGCUCUUGUAACCCGCAUGCAUGAGCGAUUAAUUACCAUAAAGCAGUCCCAGAGCUGCAGCCCAGUUCCAAUACCUCCUGAUUUCUGCUGUCCUCUCUCACUUGAGCUAAUGACAGAUCCUGUGAUUGUGGCAUCAGGUCAAACCUAUGAGCGGGCUUUUAUUAAGAAUUGGAUUGAUCUUGGUCUAACAGUAUGUCCUAAGACCAGGCAAACUCUAGCUCACACCAAUUUGAUAACCAACUAUACUGUCAAGGCUCUAAUAGUAAAUUGGUGCGAAUCAAAUCAUGUUAAGCUGCCUGAUCCUGUAAGAUCUAUGGGUCUAAAUCAACCAUCACAUCUUCUGGGGCAUGCAGAGUCUGGUUCAACCAAAGAAACACCUGUUUUUUCUCAUCCAAGGGGCAACCAACCAACGUCACCUGAGUUAACUCGGCCUGUGGGAUCACCUAGUGGAAACGUAAGCUCAUCUGGUAUAUAUAAUCGAGAAGGAAGUUCUCCAUUGCAUCCCCGUUCUACAUCUGAAGGUUCCUUGCCCAGUAUCACUGGAAAUGGGCAGGUUUUAGAUAUUUCAAGAAUGUCACUGACUAGUUCUGAGGACAGGUCCACAAACUCGGAAGAAAAGAGCCCAGAUUCAGUUGGCCAACCUUCUACGUCGCCAUCUAGAAAAGAAUUUAGCAAUUCUGUUGGAGCUGGAGAGCCAUCUCAGAGACAUAAUAGAACUGUGUCAGCUUCCAGCACAAUUUCUAAUUCCAAUUUUUCACAAGAAAGACCAGGUGAUGCUAGUGAGACUCUACACGAUUCAACAAAUAUGACAGGGUACAGCAGUGAUGCUUCUGGGGAUGUGAACCGAGAGCAACAGGCUGCUCCUCAGCUUCCAGUGAGAUCUAGAAGCCAAACAAUAUGGCGCCGGCCAUCUGAGAGGUUUGCACCAAGAAUAGUUUCUUCUCCUGUUGCUGAAACAAGAGCUGAUCUCUCUGGCCUUGAAACUCAAGUUCGGAAGCUUGUUGAGGAUCUACAAGGCAAUUCAGUUGAUACUCAAAGAGAUGCAACAGCAGAACUUCGAUUACUUGCCAGAAAUAAUAUGGACAAUCGAAUUGUUAUUGCAAAUUGUGGUGCCAUUAACUUGUUGGUUGAGUUGCUCCGUUCGGCAGAUGCAAAAAUUCAGGAAAAUGCAGUUACAGCACUUCUGAAUUUGUCAAUUAAUGACAACAACAAAACUGCGAUUGCUAGUGCCAAUGCAAUUGAACCUUUAAUUCAUGUCCUAGAAACUGGGAGCCCCGAGGCAAAGGAGAACUCAGCUGCCACGCUAUUUAGUCUUUCAGUGAUCGAGGAUAACAAGGUUAGGAUUGGAAGGUCUGGAGCUAUUAGGCCUUUGGUUGAUUUAUUGGGGAAUGGAACUCCCAGAGGAAAGAAAGACGCAGCCACAGCUUUAUUUAAUUUGUCAAUAUUUCAUGAGAACAAGGCUCGGAUUGUUCAAGCUGGUGCUGUAAAGUACCUAGUGGAGCUGAUGGAUCCAGCGGCUGGCAUGGUGGACAAAGCAGUUGCUGUUUUGGCGAAUCUCGCAACAAUCCCCGAAGGAAGAACCGCAAUCGGUCAGGAAGGUGGGAUCCCUGUUUUGGUUGAGGUUGUUGAGUUGGGCUCUGCUAGAGGGAAGGAGAAUGCAGCAGCUGCUCUUUUACAACUCUGCACAAAUAGUGGUCGGUAUUGUAACAUGGUACUGCAAGAAGGAGCAGUUCCUCCUUUGGUGGCAUUGUCACAGUCUGGCACUCCAAGGGCCAAAGAAAAGGCGCAGGCACUUCUAAGCUACUUUAGAAACAAUCGACAUGGUAAUGCAGGAAGAGGUUGAGUACUUUUUCUACGGUCCUUGGUGUAACCAGAGGUUUUGACUUAAGUUCCAUAAAACUGUGUACAUUUGACAGUGCAAAUAAGUCGUAUGGAAGUGUUCUUAUUUUGUGUAAUUUACAUGAUUUGUUAAGUGAAAGAAAAAAAAAUUAUUUAUGACCUGAUGUGAUUGAGUCUUGUAAAAUACUUUAUUAUAUAUUAAUGAAGGUGGGAGUAAAUCUUAUACCGA